CAGAGUUUGCGCUAACGGCCAGCGACAAUCAACUGUGCGGCUGCAGUCGGGCUCGGGCUAGUGGGGAAAAGUGCGCGUCAGGUCGUGUGCUUUUGCACGACUGAAUUACAUCUGUCGAACGAACGCAUUGCAAAACGAAAAAUUAGUAUAGCAAAAACCCUGUGCAUUUAACGAUGAUCAGCACCGACGGCUACAAUAACGUCGAUCAGUUUUCAGACGGCUACAUGGAGCAGGAGGAGGAAUGGGAGCGCGAGGGCCUCCUCGACCCGGCUUGGGAAAAGCAGCAGAAAAAGACAUUCACAGCAUGGUGCAACAGUCAUCUCCGCAAGGCCGGCACAGCAAUCGAAAACAUCGAAGAGGACUUCCGCAACGGCCUAAAACUCAUGCUUCUGCUGGAGGUCAUCUCCGGCGAGACCCUGCCCAAGCCCGACCGUGGCAAGAUGCGUUUCCACAAGAUCGCCAACGUCAACAAGGCCUUAGACUACAUCGCUAGCAAAGGUGUUAAGCUCGUUUCGAUCGGCGCCGAAGAAAUCGUGGACGGCAACUUGAAAAUGACCCUCGGUAUGAUCUGGACCAUCAUUCUUCGUUUCGCCAUCCAGGACAUCUCCGUCGAAGAAAUGACAGCCAAGGAAGGGCUGCUGUUGUGGUGCCAGCGCAAGACGGCGCCCUACAAGAACGUCAACGUGCAGAACUUCCACCUGUCGUUCAAGGACGGCUUGGCGUUCUGCGCACUUAUUCAUCGCCAUCGCCCUGAUCUCAUCGAUUACAGCAAAUUAUCCAAAGAUAACCCUCUGGAGAACCUCAACACUGCCUUUGAUGUCGCCGAGAAGUAUCUCGACAUUCCUAGGAUGUUGGAUCCUGAUGAUUUAAUCAACACGCCUAAACCUGAUGAGCGUGCCAUCAUGACUUACGUGUCAUGUUAUUAUCACGCUUUCCAAGGGGCCCAACAGGUAUCGAUUAACACCGCUAUGCCGGACGAAAGGGCGGUGAUGACAUACGUAUCGUCCUACUACCAUUGCUUCUCAGGUGCACAAAAGGCUGAAACUGCCGCUAACAGAAUCUGUAAAGUACUGAAAGUCAACCAAGAGAAUGAACGUUUAAUGGAAGAGUACGAGCGUCUAGCCAGUGACCUCCUGGAAUGGAUCCGUCGUACCAUGCCAUGGUUGGCGUCACGUCAAACUGACAAUUCUCUAGCCGGAGUACAAAAGAAACUCGAGGAGUACCGUACGUACAGAAGAAAACAUAAGCCUCCGCGUGUCGAACAGAAGGCCAAACUAGAAACUAACUUCAAUACUUUACAAACAAAGUUGCGCUUGUCCAACAGACCUGCUUACAUGCCCACUGAAGGAAAGAUGGUUUCUGAUAUCGCCAACGCCUGGAAAGGUCUCGAGAAUGCCGAGAAGACUUUCGAGGAGUGGCUACUGUCGGAAAUGAUGCGUUUGGAACGUCUGGAGCACUUGGCUCAAAAGUUCAAGCACAAGGCCGACGCUCACGAAGAAUGGACUCGCGGCAAGGAAGAAAUGCUUCAGAGCCAGGACUUCAGACAGUGUCGUCUGAACGAGUUGAAAGCGUUGAAGAAGAAACACGAAGCGUUUGAGUCGGACUUGGCCGCUCACCAAGACCGUGUUGAGCAAAUCGCCGCCAUCGCUCAGGAACUCAACUCUUUGGAAUACCACGACAGCGUGAGUGUCAACGCUCGCUGCCAACGUAUCUGCGACCAGUGGGACCGACUGGGUGCUCUGACGCAGCGUCGUCGUCAAGCCCUCGACGAAGCCGAGAGGAUCCUCGAGAAGAUCGAUAUCUUACACUUGGAGUUUGCCAAACGUGCCGCUCCAUUUAAUAACUGGUUGGACGGAACACGGGAAGAUCUUGUUGACAUUUUCAUUGUACACACCGUUGAGGAAAUCCAAGGACUUAUCGACGCCCACUCUCACUUCAAAGCGACCUUGGGAGAGGCCGAUAAGGAGUACCAAAGCAUCGUCGGGCUCGUGCGGGAAGUGGAAGCUAUCGUUAAACAACAUCAAGUACCUGGAGGGUUGCAGAACCCUUACACUACCCUUACUGCUCAUGACCUUACUAGAAAAUGGGGCGAAGUCAGGCAGUUGGUACCUCAGAGAGACGCCACCUUGCAAGGCGAGCUCAGGAAACAACAGAACAACGAAAUGCUUAGACGCCAAUUCGCCGAAAAAGCUAACGCAGUCGGGCCUUGGAUCGAGCGCCAACUUGACGCCGUCACCGCCAUCGGUAUGGGUCUUCACGGUACUCUUGAAGAUCAGUUGCAUCGUCUGAGGGAAUACGAACAGGGUGUUUAUGCUUACAAGCCACAUAUUGAAGAAUUGGAGAAGAUUAACCAGGCGGUACAAGAAAGCAUGAUCUUUGAGAAUAGGUACACACAAUACACAAUGGAGACCUUGCGCGUGGGUUGGGAGCAACUGUUGACAUCAAUCAAUCGCAACAUCAACGAAGUUGAGAACCAAAUUCUUACUCGCGAUUCUAAGGGCAUUACGCAGCAACAACUUAACGAGUUUAGGUCUUCGUUUAAUCACUUCGACAAGAACAGGACCGGCCGUCUUACACCCGAAGAGUUUAAAUCGUGUCUUGUUUCUCUUGGUUACUCGAUUGGUAAAGACAGGCAAGGAGAUAUUGACUUCCAGAGGAUUUUGGCAGUUGUUGAUCCGAAUAGCAGCGGCUACGUACACUUUGACGCUUUCUUAGAUUUCAUGACAAGGGAGAGUACAGACACUGACACCGCCGAGCAAGUCAUUGACAGUUUCCGCAUCUUAGCUGCUGAUAAGCCAUACAUUCUUCCUGAUGAGCUGAGAAGGGAACUUCCGCCAGAUCAAGCGGAAUAUUGUAUCCAACGUAUGCCGGCAUUCAAGGGUCCUGGGGCCGUCCCCGGAGCCCUGGAUUACAUGUCGUUCUCAACAGCUUUGUACGGAGAAUCAGAUCUUUAAAUUUUCACGCCUCUUUCAUAAGUCACGAGGUGAUAUUAUAGCCAUAGGGUUAUCGAGAAUCAUAUCUCAUUGCCUUACCCCCACCCCCCUAUCAUUGUGACACAAUAUUUAUUUUUCUGAUACAUUAUAGACUCGUAAUACUAAAAUUGUAUCCUUUAGUAUUAUAAGUCUGCGACAAGUAGCAUUGCAGCUUUCUAGCUGAACGACGGACUGGUUUUUCGAAUCAGUUCGAAAAUUGUAAACCGAGCAACUGUUUUUUUUUGAAUUGAUGAAUUCAUUUUUCGAUUUUUGCUUGGUAUGACGUUUUUAUUUUUAACGGAAAGUGGUAUGUUAUCGCCUUUUUCUGAUUAUUUACGUACUUUUUUUGCAAGUGCUCAGAUUAUUUAUUUAUUUACCUUUCUUUAAGCUUCAUUGUACAGAUUUUUUUUGGUAAACGCUCUUUACUGCUUGAUAUACACCCGAGACAAAGGAUUAAAGAGCGUUUAUUGUUUAUUUUUGGUUGGUGUUAAUUUAUGGUUAUUGAAAUGUAAAAAUUUAUUUUUUUUUGCCCAAAGUAUACUAACUUUACGUAUAUCGAAUAAAUUUUAUUUGAUUUAA